UAGUCUUUUUUCUGACUGCCACAUCGCUGAUAAGAAGAAGAAAUGUUAUCUAAUUCGAAAUGAUAGUUCAGUUCAGCUAAAUAUUAUUUUAUCUAAUCUAAAUAUUCCAAAUUAGUCGCGAAUCAUGAUCCUGCACAAAUAAAUGAAUGUUUUAAACUUAAUGUUAGCCAUACCGCUCGAGCACAAUCCCUUUAUAUUGCAAGUAGAAGCAGAAAAGCUCUGAUCUGCAUCCAAUCCAACAGUUAAGCCGUCUCAAAGGCCAUAAAAGGCCAAUCAAUAACAUCUAGGCUCGUGUUCGCGUAGCACUAAAUCAUGAAUAGGCUGAACAAACACAGUGACAUGGACCUAAUGUGGAUAUCUAACAAGGCAUCUUAAGAAGGCAUAUUAAUAGGCUGGUAAAAAUCAGUUUGCCAUUAGCAGCAAAGCGCAAGCGAAAAAGUUUACAAAGUUUCCCGGUACGGCGCGUAAGAUACUCGAACUAAGAAGAAGCGACUUACGUUUAACCGCUGGCUUCCACACUUACCCCAAUGUACCUCAUGUAUCACCUGAAAAACAUGCGUAGUUAUGGUAACGCGAUUUACGCAGAUUCUGCCAAGGGGCGAAUGAAACGCCCCAACAGAUUUUAUGUGAAUGCAAGGCCAACUACUGAAUCAGACAGUAGACGUUUGACAGGCAUUUCGUAAUGACAGACAUUGUGUGUGAUAGUCGGAGUCAAAGAAGUGGAGGACUAAGGACAUGGGUUACUACCAUAGAUCUUUCAGCUCGCAGUGCAGAUUACCUACACUAAAUCUCACUGCUGACUUUCUUAUAUAGAUGAGCAAUUCGAUUUAAUUAAAUUAUUAGAUUAAAUAUUUUUAUUGCAAAAUUCGACUACGCUCAUCAACAUAGUCUCACGAUUCUUCAACAUAUUCCUGUUUAUUUUUUCAGACGUCUAACUAGUUAAGCGAUUCAAAACACACGUUUCUGUUAUCGCGCUGAUGUCGUGGCGAUGAGAGAGAUGACCGUUUAAUCUAAAUCUUCUUUCCGGGAGCAUCGGUGCAUACGAGCCUUCAAAAUAUUCAAGUGUAUGUGCAACGAAAGAUGUUAUUGCAACUGAAAUUGAAUAAAAAUGACUGACUGCUAUAAAAUUCGCUUGAUGCUGCUUUAGCCAACUUUUUCAGUUUCAAUUGUAUAUAAAUACAAAGGAACGGUAUGAGAGAAGAAAAAAAUUUUUUCUACAAGUAGCACUUGAAAACAUUAUUCAUAACGGGCACUAGCAUCAACUUAGAGAAAGAUAUGAGGCGAAUUUCAGUGAUAUUAUUAAUGAGCUUUAUAACUCAUGCCGCAACUCAAACGAAAAAUGGUUUAUAUAUAAUGAAUUCAAGCAGUGUAAUAACAACACAAGCAACACCAGCGACGCCAUCGAUUUCAUAUUCAUCAACACCUCAAAUUUUAAAGAGCUUAACGCAGAGUUUAGACUUACACUUAGCCAAAGAUCGUAAAACACUAACUUUGCUCAAAACUUUGGCAAACUUCAAGGACCAAUUUUUACCCACAUUAGAUCUCUUACACUUGAAUGGAAAUGAAUUCUACAAACAUAUAAAUAUAAGUAUGUUGGAUGCAGAAGUAACAGCAUUUAAUUAUAGUUUGUUAAAUGCAAGUCUAUUAUACGAAAAUGAUGAUGAAAAUGAUGCUUGCACAUCCGGACAGCACAACGUAAUAACACUAAUUGCAAUGAUUUUGUAUUCGCUUGUAUGCGUUGUAGGACUUUUUGGCAACACUUUAGUGAUUUAUGUAAUUUUGCGAUUUUCCAAAAUGCAAACUGUCACCAAUAUAUACAUUCUCAAUCUGGCUAUAGCCGACGAGUGCUUUCUAAUUUGCAUACCCUUCCUAUUAUAUACAAUGCAAAUUGGUAGUUGGCAAUUUGGUGAAUAUCCAUGCAAGGCGUAUAUGGUUAGCACAUCUAUUACUCAAUUUACUUCAUCGAUAUUUUUAUUGAUAAUGUCGGCAGAUCGUUAUAUCGCUGUAUGUCAUCCUAUCUCUUCGCCCAGAUAUCGUACACCAUUGGUGUCGAAGAUUGUCUCGGUUGUUGCAUGGUUAACUUCGGUGCUGCUGAUGGUGCCGGUAAUAUUGUUCGCUAGUACCAUAAAAAACGGUGAACGUUUGACCUGCAACAUCAGAUGGCCAGAAACCGAGUAUACUCAAUCGGGCAUUACAUUUAUAUUGUAUACUUUAACAUUGGGUUUUGCUCUACCGCUCACUUUUAUAUUGGGUUUUUACUAUUUGGUAAUACGUAAAUUGCGUACCGUCGGACCGAAACAUAAAUCUAAAGAGAAGAAACGAUCUCACCGAAAAGUAACUAAACUGGUUUUAACGGUGAUUACAGUAUACAUACUAUGUUGGUUGCCCUAUUGGGUAUGCCAGGUGGCCUUGAUAGCAUCCCCAGCCUUUUGCGCUUCGCGGCUCGAGAUAACCAUCUUCCUGUUGGUGAGUUGUCUGGGCUAUUCAAAUUCCGCUAUGAAUCCUGUGCUAUAUGCCUUCCUCAGCGACAAUUUCAAGAAGUCCUUUAUGAAGGCGUGCGUUUGUGCGACACGAAAGGAUGUAAAUGCACAAUUACAAGUCGAGCACAGUAUGUUUCCUAAAUGGAGUAAAGCACGUAGUGCCACUGAGAGUAAUAUAAGGAGUUCACAAAAGCAUAAGGAGAACAACAUGAAAAAACAACAAUUAAUAACAAGCAGUAAUAUCAAUGGCAAAGGAUUAAUGAAAUCGUCGACUACUGCAACAACAAGCGUUACUUGCACUACAACAGUCACCACUAACGAGGCAUGUAAUAUAAUUUACCCAAGCAGCGUUCAACACAAUAAUAGUUUGUUGACUGCGCCACUCAAUACUUCUACACUUUCUAUAACCGGAACAGCAAAAAAUACGACUUUACUUAUGUUAAACAACAGUAUGGAAACUAAUAAAAUUCUCCCUGAGAAUACUGCUGAAAUGGAAAAUAAUUACGAAAGUCAUGUAAUACAUACGAAUUUAUAAAAUUAUCUCGCUAGGGAUAUUAAGAUUGACUAAAAAAAAAAAAGAAAAACAAAAAACAAAAAAAAAAAAAAAGAAAAUAAUUCAGAAGCACAGAUUAUGUAAAUAUUAUACAUAAUACUUAUACAAUAUACAUUAGAAGUCAGUAAACUAAAGCAUGUAGUUACGGUAUCAAGGUACGCGUGCUCCUAUAGUUAGUGGGAUAAAAGAAUGCUGUGAGAUAUUUGAACAUAUAAGAUAUGGAGGUAUAUGAGGACCUUGAAGUCGUAUACUUCUUAUCAUUUCAUGAAUUUUCUCUUCCCCUACCUUUUCCCAUAUCAUUCCACAUUACACACUCCCUCUCGCUCUCACUCUUUCCUCCCUCGCUCACGCGUCAUCCCCCUC